AUGGAAAAGUACAGCCAGUACCGCGACCGGGCGACCGGCAUCUCGCCCUUUCUGCCGCUCUCGACGCCGCUCUCGGCCGUCUCGGCCGUCGCCCACGCCGCCCUCUUUGUCUUCCGGCUGCCGUUCUUCGUCGCCUACGCCGUCAGCUACUUCGUCCUCUUCCACCACCUGCCGCUGCCCGUCGUCGCGCGCAAGAUGGCGCUGUGGGGGCUCAUGGCCAUCCCCGGCAUCUGGUGGGUGGACCUGCAGCUCGACGGCGUCAAGCGCGGCACCCUCUCGGACCAGCCCAUCGAGCGCUUCCCCCAUCCGGGCUCCGUCAUCGCCGCCAACUUCACCAGCCCCAUCGACGCCGUCUACCUCGCCGCCAUCUUCGACCCCAUCUUCACCCUCUCCUACCCCGGCGAGCGGAGGGUCCGGCGCGUGAGCCUGCUCGGCGCCAUCGCCCAGGCCCUCGCCCCCGUCCGCACCGCCGCUCCCCCCAACGCCAAGCUGGUCCGUCUCGAGGACCUGCUCGACCAGUAUCCCGACCGCGUCAUCGCCGUGUUUCCCGAGUGCGGGAGCAGCAACGGGAAAGCCAUCCUCCCGCUCAGCCCGUCCCUGGUCGACACCCCUCCCGGCGUGCCCAUCUUCCCCGUCAGCCUUCGCUACACCCCGUCCGACGUCACCACCCCCGUCCCCGGCUGCUGGCUCGCCUUUCUGUGGAAUCUCCUGUCCCGCCCGACGACGUGCAUCCGGGUCCGCGUGGCCGCGAGCCAGGUGAACACGGCCGCCGCAAGGACCAACGGGGCGUCGCUGCCCGCAAACGGCGGCCACGACCUCGUCAAGAAUAGGAUCCCUCGGGGCGCCGACGUCACGGCCGACGAGCAGCGCGUGCUGGAUCGCAUCGCCGAGGCCCUGGCUCGACUGGGUCGCGUCAAGCGGGUUGGGCUCACCAUGGAGGACAAGGCUGCCUUUGUCAAGGCCUAUGCUGGUAGUAAGAACUCAUAG